CUUGCUCUGCUCUGCCAUCCUGAUAUGAACUUUAUUCGUCACAAAUGAAUGCCUUUGUCGAGGUCCUUCCCACUUGUGAGCCGUCUCCACGCCUUCAUGCUGUUCAUCACACCAUCCACUGGCCCCAUAAAACUGCAUCUUCAAAGUGUCUCAGCAGGAACCUGUCAAGCAAAUCCAUCAGCCAGCAGUACAAAGUGCAGCGGAGGAGCUCUUCCUCGCUGCAGAUCAAUUUUCUUUGUGAUCAGCUGAGCUUGAUGAGAUAAAAGUGCUUCCAAACACUUAAGCCUCAAAGCCGCUUCUCUGGCGCUCCAGCCGCUGGGUCACUUUGAAGAUUUAUUUUUUCCUUGCUAUUGUCGAUAGCGCUGAAGGUUUGAGGAUGGUUUCCUCACUCAGCAAAAAAGAUGCCUUCGGCCCCCACAACAACAACAACUACAUCAUCAAUAAUUACCUAAAGGCCUAGUUCCUUUUGUUCGUGAGACACAGGCAGCUCAAUUGGAAGUGAUGUGUCUGAUGCGACAGAUUUAUUUUGGCAACUCUUUGAGACGUUAUUUCUUAACAAAAUACUCUUGAGUUUGAGUGUGUCACAAGCGAACAGUACUCAGUAACGUUUUAAAACAUUUUUGAUUCCAUUUAUAGUCAUAUCCCUUACUAUGUUAGUAGAUAUAAACAUUGUCCAGAUAACAGAGAGCUCCUCUAACAUGUACUUGCCUUCAGUACAUCCCUGUCUACCCACUUAAGUGCAGACUUGAUGACCAAACACAGUGCAUUCGAACCACCCUGCUGCACAUCCUGGCAUUCAAGCUAUACACGUGUAUAUCUACCACCCUUACUAAACCUACCUGCCCACCAACUAGCUGCUUUGCCAACCUACCUACAACCACCCUAAAGCUUUUUAGCUUUAAGUUGUUUCCAUUAUUUUGUCCAACCCCUGUACCUACACCCAGUCUUUCAAUUCUUAACUUAACUGAACAAACCCCUCAUUCAUAUUCCCAAUUCCCCAGCACAUAAAUCCACCUUAAUACUUGCCAUUGACAUUUUUUUCCCUUGAUCUCUAAUAAUUAUCUCACAAUCUUAUGCCAUUGUUUUCAUUAGUCUUAGGAUAAAAGGAGUCGCUCUAAGAGAAUCUGUGGACCUAAACUAAACCAUCCGUCUGUUAAGAUCACGGCGGUGCUUUACAGAAUGAAUCCCAGCACUGGUGGCAGCAUCAGGCGAUGGUGCCAAUGUGUGGUGUUUGCCGCCUCCCCCUCCAAGCUGGUUCCUGACACACAAGCAGAAUCUACCCACUUGGCCAGGUGACCGGCACCCGUCCUGCGACCCCUUUGAAGUGUCGAUCUCCUGGGACCUGAUCCCCGCUGCUCGUGUAGCGAUGCCAAGCGUGGUGCAGGAUUGAAUAUGAAAGAGUCCUUUCUCCUCUGGUUAUUGUGGGCCAGAAAUAUUCUGUUGUAGCCUCUGUAACCCAAAUUCAUUUAACCACAUCUUUUGUUAAAAACAUAUUCCGAUUUACACAGGCCUGUUGAGAGACACAUAUUCACUCCUUCAAUUGACUCUGGAGUUCCUCAUGCUAAUAGAUUUCACUUCAACCAUUGCGUAUUCGUAUACAAUAAGUCUUUCCUCUGCUUCUGAGAUACACGUAUACGCCGUAUGCCUUGGUGUGUACAAGUAGCUUUUGGACAAAGUUGCGUUUGCAGUUUGCCUGUGGCGGUGUUCAAGCACACACCUGAGGCGGUUGCAGGUGUUUGGGUGCACAGUCUUCUGACCUGCUUUGGGUGGUCGGCGGGGUCAAGCGCUGUCCCCUUCAUCUGUGGCUCUCCUGUGGUGUGUUCCUGGGAAGGCAAUCUGUGCCACUCCUUCCUGAUGAUCAACAUUUGCCCGACCCAACCUCCUCAACAUCAUCUCAGAGUCUUGGUCAAGCUCACUUUUUUGGUACUUUUUUUUGACUCCUUAAGGGGUAAGUAUAGUGUUUAAUCGUAUUCAUAUUUAUACUGUUUUUGUUUUCCCCCGAACAGUCCAGACUGAUCAGUUAACAGUUAACAGUUAACAUCGCGCGAGCAUAGAGUUUUCCCUUUAAAUUCAGUUUACAUUUUCUUGUUAUCAUAUUUACUCUUCUAGCAUCUCCAUGUUUGAUAUAAACACAUUUGUUGCGCAUGGAACCUUUCGCUGCUCCCUGUUAUCUCCCUUCUGUCUCUUUUACCUCCUUUACUUUUGAAUAAUGGCUGAAUAACAAAAUAGUUGGCUGCGAGCGGCUCAAAUAGAAUCCCAUUAACCUUUAUUGUAUCUAGGAGGGAAGCGCAUGAAUAUUUUACUUUUCUGGAUGACUAAAAAUGGUUGUGCUUUCAACUUUAAUAUUGUAAAUAAGUGGCUGAAUUCAUUUAAGUUUAGUUAGGCUGCUCCUGAGGUUGUCAGCCUUUUUGCAUUGUUCCUACAAAUGUAUGUGAUUUGAAUUACCAUUUAGUACUUACUGUGGUGACAUAAUGAUUGGUAAAUAAUACUGUGGCAUUCUGCUGCGUCGUAAUGGCAGUACUAGUAAAUAUUAAUGAUGAUGUGAAGGUUUAUUUAUUUCUUUGUUCAAUGUGAACACAUUCUCUUUGUUGACUUUGAUACAACAAUGUUGAGAACUGAAAUAUAGAAAUUGUCAAGAAUAUAGUUUGCUUAGUUUUUUCGUAAACAAGAUAGAAAAAACAAACAAAAAAAAUCAUUUGUAUUGUUUUUUAAUUUAGCCCCAUAUUUUGAAACACAAAAAAUGUCCACAAACUUUCAUAAUAUUUGUGUCAAAUUUAAACGUUGUGCGAAAACUUCCGACAUCUCGACUACUGAUGAGUAUUUUCUGUCGCUCUCUUCGGCCCGCAAAUGCACAAAAUGACUCUCAUCAUCACACUCUGCCCGGAGGGAGAGGCAAGUGAUUUGUUAGUGUUUGAAUUAAUGUAACUCAUAAUUUGAAGACGCCGUUUAUUGAUUUUCUUUAAUCUGUCUGAAUGUGGAAGUCACUUUGCCCGUGGCGGCGCGGGUCACGCAGCCCUGGGUGACUUAUUAAACUUCCAAACGGGGAAAGAAGCUGUUUUAUCGGUGUUUGCUUCAACGCGUCGAUGCUCGGAUUGAUCGGAAAUGUCAGGAAAUCGGACUGAAGACAAAGUUUAGCAGAGUGAAAUGAGAAGGAAGGGGGAAGCAGGGAGCGAAAUAAAGAAGGUGAGAUGAAAAGAUUUCAACUCAGCAGCUUUUUUUUUUUAUAAAGACUUAAUCAAAAUGGCCGUCCCUGGUUGCCCCUCGCCCUGUCGGUUCAUCAGCCGGGGGGCUCGACCGUGGUGAUGUUGCAGAAGUUGCCUUCUAUUGAUUUGCUGGUGGCAGCAAUUCGUUCUCUCCAUCUGUCACGAUUAGCUUUUGAGGACAGGGAGCUCGAGGGGGUGAGCGUCUAAAUAGAGAGUUUCCUAGAGUGGACAGGAGCAGCUUUAACAUGGAAACAAGCGAUUUUUACUUCUGUGACGCAAUGGUGUGUGUAAAUAAGCAAUACUGUUUUGUGGCAUGAAACUUUGGAGGCGUCUCCUGGCUUAUUAGGCACAAGGGUGUUGUCCUGUUGGGGAGGGAAUAAAUGCUAUUUCCAGUCCAGUCAGAGUAACAAACUUCUUCUGUCCUCUUUUCUUUAGCAGUAAACCUGGAACACAUCAUUUUCCUGCGAUAAAGUGUCUAUCUUUUAUUCAUCGUCUACAACUCUAUGGCUCCAGGCCUUUUAUUGGUUCGCUUUUCUGUCGUCUGAGAAGUGCAACGUCCCAGUGUUUUUAGCUAGUCUGGGUAGGACUGAGCCGCCGGGUGAUCUCCUCAGUGUCAGUGACUGUUGCGGCAGAGUUUUUUUCUAGCCAUCUAACAAAACAAAAUCCAUACAUUCAAUUAAACCAGAUCAAAGCAAAGUUGCUACACAGCUCUCUGCUGGUUUCACGCCCUCCCAGUAAAUUCUUCGCUAAAAUUGAGAAAAAUGUAAAAGUUUAUCGAUUAUUUUAACUGUCAAUAUGCAUCUCGAUGUCAUACGUAGUUAGAACGCUCAUUUUCUGCUUUCGGGAACUUAAUCCCGCUGGCCAUUCAGAAGUACUGAGAAGACAACUGAACUCUUGAACCAUGAGGUGACCAGAUGCAGAAGCUCUGGCGACUAUUGCAAUCUCAGUUAUGUGAGCGCAAAGCCCCUGUUCUCUUCUUUCAAAUGGUAUUUGCAUUUUGUACAUUGAACGAAUAAGGAUAAAUAAGAAAAUGUUCACUCAGUCAAUUGCCACAGACUCAUUUCAAUCGCGAAGCCGGUCUGUCUCCUUGAGAGCGGACUCCGUCAGGACAUCCUUCUUGCAUGAAUGGUGUUUUCCGUGGCGCGCUGAAGGACAGGAGGAAGGUUCUUUGCUCGAAGAGAUUCACUAAAUCAAGGUUGGACUUGUAAAUACUGCACCUGGUUAGAGCAGAAGCCAAAUGAGGCAUGUAAACUAACUUCCACUUGAAUAUGCCUGAUUGAAAAAGCGCAAGAUGCUGAAAAGAGCUUGAAAUCUAAACCUUUAGAUACCCACUGAGCGACGAGAUGCUUUGAAAACUGUCGCUGAAUUCUUGACAACAGAUAAUACAGUUGCCCUUUUGUUGUAAGUACAUCCUUUUUUUUAUAUUACUGUGGAUGCAACAAUGCAUCUAAAUCCAUUUUAAUCCAGUACAUACGUUAUAUGAUAUCAUUGUUGCUGUAAACUCUCGCUCGCUUAAUUUUACUCUUUUUACCAAAGAAUUUUCAACAAGAUUCCAUAUAAGACUAUGUUAUUUAAAAACAUGAGAGGAGUAGGGGAGACAUGUCACUUCAGACUGCGAGAUUCCUGGUCUGGAGCUUUUGUCAUCAGUCCAUCCGCAUUAGUUACUGUGACAAAAAGUCCACCAGUCCAUCACUACAUCCGUGCUGGUCCUCAUAUGAAUCCAAGUAUUGCGACAAGGUAAGAGUCAAAUACUCAGUUGAUGAAAAAAAAGGAAUUAUUAUUAUUAUUAUUAUUAUUAUUGUUUUACUCCUCCUCCUCCUCCUACUACUACUACUAAUAAUAAUAAUAAUAACAAAAUUUAUCUAUGAAAUAUCACCACCACACGUUUGCUCAUAACUCCAAGUCGAUGGCGAGUGAAAGAUGGGGCAGGUGGAGAAAGGGGACGUAGCCUGUGAGGUAGCGGGGGACACCAGAGCAGCCAGCGGGAGAUGCCAGGCCCCCCUCACUACCCGGGACAGAUGGAGUGUCCACCUUCUGCUCCUCCUUCUUCACCCAACAGUGUCAGACACCAGCCAAGUAGCCCUGUGUGUAUGAGGAAGUCAGAAAGAUAGAGAGCAAUAAAAAGAAAUGGAUGAGGGGAGACUUGUGAGUGAGAGGAAACAUUUGAAAACAGUUGAGAGAGAAAAGAGAGAAACAGAAAAUAGGUGAAGAGAGCAAAGUUAUGGUGGGAGCGAAAGGGAGGAAUCAAAAGGCAGACAGCUGAACGAGAGAGGACAAAAUAGAUGAAGGGAUGAAGGGUGACAGAGAAACAGUGGGAUCAUGGUGAGAGAAAGACAAAAAGAGGCAGAGAAUGGGAAGGAGUGGCAAGAGAGAACAGAAAGGAUUAUUGGUGGAGAGAAAAAGGGAUGAAGAGUGACAAAAAAGCAGAAAUACAGAUGAAAAGGAGGAUGUUUGAAAGAGAUGGGGAUGACGACAGAUGAAAUGCGUGAAAGUGGCCAUGAAAAUAUUGAGAAACAAAGAGCGAACGAUUGAACUGAGGAAGAUAUAGAUGAAGAGACGGGGAAGGUUACGCACUCAUACUGUCUAUACAGUUUUUCUUAUAUCAUUGAAUAGUGAAUUAGAAUUCAAUAAGCAUUUAUUUUAGUGAAAUAUAACAUCCAUAUGAACAGUAAGACAUGCAAACUACACAUAAAGUAUUUGGGGGGAAAAUAAUGCAUUAACAUUCCAUAUUAUAUUUUAAAAAAUAGGAUAUAAAAUAUAUACGGUAUAAAACAACAGCAUCACCUAUACACUCGUUCUAUGAAGCAACUGCAUGGAUGUGAAUAUCAACUUUUGCCCGUAGAGAUAUAUGACAGCUAAGAUGAGGCGGAAGGAUCCAGAUGAAAUCAAAGCCAACUCUUGUCUCAGACUGUAUUCUCCAAGUGAUGGCUGUAUAUGUGUGUGUGUGUGUGUGUGUGUGUGUGUGUGUGUGUGUGUGUGUGUGUGUGUGUGUGUGUGUGUGUGUGUGUGUGUGUGAAAAUGACAGUGAAGGGAGGAAGGGGCUGCACUGGUGGGUUUAUUGAGGUUUUCAUCACACAUCACUCCCGAAUUGACAUAAAUCUCACCAGCUGGUAUUUCAAUAAAACUCUCAAGAGAGGAACAGGUGGAUGAGGGGAGUGGGGUUUUCCUUGGUAGUGACUAGAAAGGACGAGAUCAGAAACAAGGACAUCAACUCCUGUGGAGAAGUUUGGAGACAAAGCUAGGGGAACCAGAUUGAGAUGCUUAAAAGAGGACAGACAGUGGACAUGUUGGAAGAAGAAAGUUGGAGCUGGAGAUAGAAAAAGGGAGAACGGGAAGACGACCAAUGAGAUUCACCGCUGUAGUAAAUGACAUGGAGCGGUGAUGGCGAGGAUGAUCAAGGAGGGAGGCUGACCUGCUCUGGCAACCCAUUAUGAGAAGUGUAGUAGAUGAAGACGUGGAGCCAGAUAUGUCUCAAGUGUUGAGAAAGAAGAAAAGAAUAAUUCAUCAGGAAUGUGGGCACGUGUACUCGCUUCACUUGACUGGGGUCACAGACGUCAGUCGUGGUGGAGAAGCAGCUAAAUAUGAAUCUCUUGCUGCCGCAGCCGAGGAGAAUAUGAUUUCAGGCCAUUUAUUCACACUGUGAAGAGGAGAAGCGCCGCUGGAGCCGCCGCUUGAUCCGGCGCUUUCUUGUGCCGUCAAAGCGAGAGUCGACUCUUCUCUGCUGUCGUCCUCGCGCUGGUCUUUUGCUUCCCCAUACAAGUUAACCUUUGUCUUGUUCUUCCUCUCUUAUCCUCAGUGAGUGGCAGCUGAACUAGUCAGUCGAAGAGUUCAACUCAUGAAAUGACACAGCAUUAAUGGUGGUACUUCCAACUUGGUUCAUUAUAUCAUGUCUAUUACUUGCAUUUGACCAAUUUUUGUUGCAUGAAUCCAUGUUAGAGAGGACUUCGCUUCACCAACUUAAAGAUAUUCCCCUUUAAUUCCUGUCAUUCAGCAGAUAUGUUGUUCACUCAAAGCUUGGUUCUCCUCAGUGCUUUUGAAGCACAUUUUGACCCCUUACGCUGAGAUUUUCCCAACAUACGGAGAGUUUUCCAACAUUCCUGUCAACAUGUAGCAAAGUGUGACUCGCAGUAUCAUCGGCCGCCUUUUGAGGUUGAGCAUUCUGGAAGCACUACGCACUAUCCACCAUUCGCCUAAAUCGGCUAACAGCUGCAGGGAGCCUUUACUUCAAUCGAUGUGAUGCUAGUUUCUAUUUGCCUCUCAGAUUAUCACGUCAACAUAAAUGUGUGAAAUCGCGUCACACCAACAAAAGGCCCAUCAGCUCAUUGGGCAGCGUGUCACAUUUAAUAUUCACUUCGCUUUCAUCCGGCAGAGAUUCUGACUUGAGCGACGUGGAAAAGUGCAAAAAGGGCGAAAUGUGAGCCCAACAUUGUGCGUCCGUCAGCAGCAGCGGUGACAGACAGUCCGAGUCAGUGUCUGAAUCAUCUCCUUCUGGCUUCUGGGCCAGAUUUACUCUCUCCAUGUCUGACCCCUUUCUUUUCUUUCACUAAAGCGCUUUCUUUCCCUCCAUUCUCUGUCUCUCUUUACGUGCCCUGGUCUAAUGAUCGCAUUUCUCUUUAAGCGCCUGUUUUUUUUUUGUUCCCCUCUUCCUCCCAGAUGAAUGCAGACAUGCCGGGGGCCUCAAGGUUAACGCACUCUCCAGAAGUGACUGCUCUUUUCUUCUUUUUAUUUUGAUGACCUUGUGCCAGAUAAUAUUUCCACCAUUUUUUAAAAGCAAAUCCCAAUUACUGCAUCAAUCUGCAUACAACCAUUCUACUGCUUAAAAUUUGCGAAUGUGAUUUGAAUACACAGAUGAGCGACUUCUACUUUGUGCACAGUACAUUCACAACUCGGCGAUAACAUCAUCAUAUGUCAAUGAGUUUUCUGAGAAAAAAAUAUCAGUCAAAUACGGUUACUUGUCUAACUCUACGUUUAUCAUGUACACAUUGUUCAAACAACAAUAAUUAUGAAUUUCAUUAUGAAUAAAUAUUAAAAGUACACAUACUUAUAAAAUUAAAUGUAUAUUGAAAUAAAAAAAGUGCAGGUUGCGUUAUGAAAGAAAAAGCACAAAAUUAAAAUAAUUUCAACCAUGUAAAAAUAGAUGUAUCAGAGGUCUUUUUCAUAGAUAGAUGUAUAUAAGAGGUCUUUUUCAUGUGUGGAAAAGUCUAAGUCUUUCAAUUUAUUUAACAAAGAAAUAGGGAAAACUGCAGGAAGUGUGUCAUGAUGUCUUAAUGGUCACAUCAGAAUUAUGGGAUAUUAACUGGAAGUCAGGCCAAACCUAUACACACGAGACACAUGGUUUCAUGGUGUUUUUCUUGGAAGGGCAGUGGUUCUACUUUGAGUCAGCCUUGAAUGAGCCUCUCACGAGACCUCCCACUAGAGAGCGAGGCCAGACAGCCUUCAGAGAAAACUCAAUACCUGAGCGUGUACUUUUGGUCCGGAAAACACAUUUGCCCCAGGUGAAAGUAGAAGGUAGACCGACAGGUAAUAGCAGAGCUUACCUUUGGUCCACCUCGACAGGGCAAGUGUGAUAACUUGCUAACUCGAUGACUCAUCAGAUUUUGAAAUCUGUCCCUAAAUGAAGGCAGAUUCAGUAUUCACCCUCGCCGCCAUGAUGGAUCCUGCCAGGCAGGGGCGGGUUUGCUGGCGCGUAUCAAAAUUAGCCUUGUUAGCCUGCUACAGUUAUCAUUAGCAUGCGUUUAGCAUGCUGAGAUAUUGACAUGAGCGACAACAUGGAUCAAUAAAUCCGUGUGCCGGCGAAAUAGCAAGUAAGCAUCGACUGGCAGAUCGAUGCCGACAUUAUAGAUCAUCUAUUUAAGCAUGUGCGGCGUUCAUCGCACUUUAUAACAUGUCCAAACGUACGUCAGCACUUCUGAGGAGCCAUAAAUCAGCCGUCGGCCUUCAAGGUUCACCGAAUGCCUUCCUGACUCAUUUUGUCGCCUCCGUCGCAGCAUAUUGCCUUCAUUUUGCUAUUUACAUAAAUAUUUUCCAGCGACCAGACGCACCUGCUGGCACUGAAUUUGAUGUUGGAUGUUGAUGGAGGAUUGAUUUUUAAUUCUCUGCUCGCAGAUUGAGUAUGAUGGUCUCCUUACAACAGGUGAUCGAUAUUUUAAUGAUGCGGUCAGCGCUUUUCUCCAUUGUUUGCAUUAAAGAGGAAGAUUGUUUAAUUUUAAUCGACUCAAAGUAGCAAGGUCACUUUCCUCAGGUAAACUUGGACUCAGGUGAAGCUGAAGUUUGUCGAUAAUAGACUGAGAGCUGUGUGAGUGCUGUGUACUGAGUCAUAGUGAGCCACUUGUGAAUUCAGACAUGUUCAAGAUAAUAGUCAAAAGAAAUGCCAGAUGAAAAUGUUAUAAAAGUUAAAUGUUAUGGAAAGCUUGAGGCGCAUCAGCUUUUACAUACUGUACAAACUAUUCUAGGUGAGUCAAAAUUUUGGGGUGAAACCAGCAUUUCAUGACUCUGGUGAAGAUGGCUGUAUAAUGAUGUCAUUUGUUAUGAUAUAUGAAAUGAAACAGUUGAGAUUUGGUAAGAUGAAAACCAGUAAUAAGUGAAAACAGUUGUGUAAAUCUUGAUAUUACAAAAAAAUUUAAAAAAAAAAAAAAAAAAAAAAAAAAACAUUAUUGAAUUACAAACCUGUAUAUGUGAAUACAAAUUUAAAUAAUGAUGGAAACCCAUUUUUGAGCGCCAUAUGAGAGCGUGGAACUGUUGGACAUUAGAUAUAUUCAUAAUUCAAACUACGACAAAAAAUGCAGUGUUAUGUCCAAUAUAACAGUAAUAACAAAAAGAACAAGUCAGAAAAAGAAUAAAUCAAAAAUAAAUGUUGAUGCUUUUUUGUGUGUAUAAUAUGAUAUACAUAAUGAAAUAAAUGAAAUCAUAAAAAAAUGCUAAAAGUCAUUCAAAGUGUUAUUUCGAAGGGUCUAUGAAGUCAUCAUUAAAUGAUCUUAAGGCACAUUAAGUCUUGAAUACAAAGCAGUUUUGGAAGUUUAUGUCAAACGUACAGAGGUAAAUCACAAUGAGAUAAACCUCAGAAUGAAGAGGAAACUGUUCAAAAUCACUUCCUAAACAUAUUACUAAUUCAAAUUCUGAUGUCCGACACAUAAUAACCUCAUUGUGAAUGAAAAUGAGACGUGAUUAGACAAAAAAGUCAAAAGUACUUGCAUGAGAGAUUAUGCAACUGAUCACUCUGUUUAUGGGAGCAACUACAACAAGCACAAUAUAAUGAUGAAAUGCAACCUAAAAAUGAAGAAAUAUGUGAUAACACAAUGGAUAUUCAGACAAAAGUGUGGCUGAUGGGAUAGAACAAGAAAAUAUGAGCAACAGAUAAAACAAGGACAUUAUGAUAAAUAUGCAUUUUGUCAGAGCUACAACUAAAAAUAAUGAAGUAUAUGAGUAUAAAAGUAUAUGAUAAAGGUCUGAAUUAUCAGAUAUGAAAAUGUCACGUGACAGGGCAAUUGCGAGCUAAUCCUUUUUGUUUUCAACUUUGAUCUCAUUUUGAUCUGUUUCCAAAAGUUGUAGCCGGGAAAUGGUUAUGGAUGAAGGCAUCGUAUAGAUGCAGGGUUUAUUCUGUAUGUAAACGCUGCCAUAAAAAAUUAUUUUAAAAACUAUCUCUUUUUAAAGAUGAUCUCUCACCUGAAAGAAAGUGGAAACAUCGGAACAAACAAAUAACGCAUCAUGGAGGUGGACAUUUCACAGAAAAAUUCUGAAACAUCGGAAUGACUGAGAUCCGUCGGUCGUGUCAGUCGUGAAGUCAAGUCGAGCUUUCCAGCUGGACGUGUAAAGAGAUGCUUUACUUCAUCCAAAUCAAUGAGUGUCAAAACUUCCCCCUCUGAUUCAUUGCUCCUCUAUUCUUCGCCACAGUUUCAAAACACUUUGCCGAAAACCCAGAGAUGAGAAAAAUCUUCAUUGUGAUCCGAAGUUUGGAAUGGAAAUAAAUUCAAAACUUCCUCAUCUGAAUCUCUGGCAGUCACAUUCUCUUUCGCCUUGUCUGGCUUCUACUACAUAACAGCAUUGUGCCCUGUCUCCUCCACUGGCGCCAGUGUUCAAACUCUGUUAUCCUAUACUUUGAUAUAAACUCCGCCCCCUGCAUGUGUGAAGUAGCAACUACACCAGGCUUCAUAUUUACAGCCUGGCUUGUUUAUAUGCCUUCAUGUUACCUGCUGAAAUCCUGUAUUUUUUUUGGUGAAAGUCUCAAUUAACUAAGUUCUGUGUAUAUGUAAUAACGGGUUGUUAUGGGCUAAAGUUUAAAACUAUCAGAUGAAACUGAGAAUUACAAAAUGUAGAGUUCAAGUUAUGCCAUCAAUAGACAAUAGAUUAUACAAGACACAUAUAGACGGGUGUUUUAUUAGACAGCAGACGACAUUUUAGCUGCCAUAUUUUCACACGCGCACGUGAGCGUUCACUCUUAUGAGGGUCUCCCAUAAGCCUCUUACCUUUCCUGUCGCCAGAAUGAAAGCAAGCCCACUCACUCACCAGUGUUCUCUGCCUUUUCAUCGCCUCCUCAUCCAUCAUCUCCUCCGCCAGCGUGAUCGGAUUAGAUGCCUGUUAAGUGGUGGCAGGAUACCACCAAGAAUUAUUGGUAAUAUGCAGCCAGUUGUUGUUCUCUGCAUUAAUCAUUCAUUUCCUCUCCAGCGAGACUCGGCGGAGAAUCCACUCCCACCAGCAUCUUUGGUGGGAAGAAUGAUUGUCAGCUCAGAAGCUUCUUCAAACAAUGUUCUCCCUCUCUACAUUCAUGGAGUACUUCAGUUCCUUGCAUUACAGAUCAGCCGUAACAUUGCGACCAGCUGCCGAACAUCAAGUCUGAUGCCCUGUUUGAGCAAAACAGACGUAACGGUUUUCAUGUGGAGGUCACAUCAAUCAUUCACUUUCAUCCGCUUUUUCCUUUCAUGGCGCUGAGCCGUCUGGAGUCUCUCCCAGCUACAUGAGCUGAGAUGUGAGACUUUACUGGAUAUCCACGAAUGUGAUUAGAUCUCAAGGUGUUAUGAUCUGGAAUGAGUUUCGAGUGAUUUCACUUGACACAAAUGAUGGUGUCAAUUAGAAUUGGAAUACUUUUGGAAUAUUCUAAAACCGAAAAUGUGUUGACCAAAACAGCUUAUCAUCAGAAUGGGAGGAAGUUAAUCGUUGAAAAAAAGUGUUUAACUAGCUGAAACCUUUCACCUGAGCUCUGACCACGGCUUCAGAAUUGGCCGCAUUUAACAAAAAAUGAUUCAGACCUACCUUGCUCAACGGCAGCAUUUGCUCUGGAGUCAGGUCAAGGUGACUCACCUACUGUUAGAGAGCCUGUGAUUCAAAGAGACACACUGGGAUCCAGUUGAAGAAUUUCUGACUCACAUAUAUCCGCGAGUCAGGUCUGAGACACUUAUUAUUUAUUCAUUCUGAGCCCACAAACGUGUUAGCAUAGUUUGAGAUUUGACACUUAACACUCUCAUAAGUGACUAAAGUUGAAACAAAUCCUUCAAAUGUCUACUCAACUAGUAAUAGACGCCCAUUCCCGCCAAGUUACAUAAUAAUAAUAAUAAUAAUAAUGAUAAUAAUAAUAAUAAUAAUAAUAAUAAUAAUAAUAAGAAGAAGAAGAAGAAGAAGAAGCAGGAGAAGAAGAAGAAUAUGUUAUAUCAGACAAUAUACUGUCUAAUAUACUAUAUAUAGACAAUAUUGUUAUAAUUAUUAUUUUGUGUCUUUAAUCUUAUUUAACUAGUAUAAAUAGUGUGUUUUAUUUUAUUUAUUUUAUAUUAUUAUUACAUAUAUUAUUAUUUUAUAUGUAUUGUUAUUAUUUUUAUUAUUAGAAAUACAUAAUUAAAAAAGUAAAAAGUAAAAAAAAUCAUUAAUUAAAAAAAAAAAUCCUCACACUUUAUUUUGUGUCUUCAAACUCGCUAGCAUCAAUGGAAACCCAUUCCCGCUAAGUAAAAAUAAAUAAAUAAUAAAUAAACAAAUAAUACUAAUAAAUAGUUUUCAGCUGCUGAUUAAGGGUGGGAAAAACAUCUCAUUAGUAAAACGUUCAUUGAUGAUGUGUGAUAUAGAAAUGACUGGGCUUUAUGGCGACAUCUUGAGCUUCUGAAUGCCUCUUCUGCAACAGCAUUAGACACAAAACUCCACUUCUGCUUGGGUUGACCGGAGCGAGGAAACGCAGCGUUCGGUGAACGCUCCUGUUUUUUCCACACUCAAGGACAAAACACAGGCACAAUUAACAUCUCAUAUCUCAGAGUGAUUCAAGGACUCCACAACAUGUACACUUGAACUGACAUGCUGUCAGUCUUGCAACGUUCUUGACAAACGUCCGCGGUAUGUCCAAUGUGGCCUCAUCAGUGAAGGCGCCACUGACAAAACCGCUCACAGCACCAGGUGAACGUUAAUAUCAAAGUAAUGCGAAGACAACUGAACGAAAUACAGAUGUAAAUAACUUGGAUAAUGUAACAUUCUUUGCUGUCAGGUGUUGCUAGGUUUGAGACAGUGGUUUCUUUACAAAUAGAUCGAGGAAGUGGUGUGGUGAAAGAGUCUCUUUUUUAUCGCUUUUCGGCUAUUUACGUGGAUGAACGGUAGUGCACAGUAUCUUGGUUCAUAUUGAAAGCUUGCUCAAUGCACCCCUGAAUCAGAUUGUACCAUUUUGUGUCACGUGAACAGGCCUGACUCCGAUCACAAUACAUUCAUUCGGAUUGUGGAAAAAGUGAAGAUGUAACCUCAGCUUCUGUGCUUCAGGCGGGUCAUACUGCCCCUACUUUAAACAGGCAGGUGUUGUAAACAUGGGUGUGACGUGUGCAUAGUAGAACAUGUCCCGUUAAAAAAAAACUCAUGGAUUCAAACGGUGAACAGAUGAGUCCCAAAUCAAAUGAUUUUUCAAUUUCAUUGAAAUCUGUCUACAUCUUUCAGAGGUUCCUACAUCUUUCAUCAAAAAGCUCCGUUGAGCAGCAAACAUGGCACCUUCAGCGCGGCCUCCAUGGUCUGAUGAAGGAUCCGUAAUGUGGACUGGUAUCAACACAAGUGGCGCGGUCCAAUCACCAGCAUCACAUUUUACAGUCCAAUUCAUCGUUCAAAGGAGCAGAGACGCAUCACGCACACUGACACUUGAGUCUUGAAUAGUCAUGACCGGGCCAGCUGAAGACAAAGCCUGGCUGAUGAAUGCUGUUUGCGCUGACAAAUAAUAAUGAUGCUUCAUCAUGUGUCGACUUCUACUGUUAGGAACAAAACAACACACUUGUUUGGUGAGCGGCGGCUGAUUAAUAGGUGUCGAAGGGAAAACGGAAGCAGAUAAAAAAAAACCCUCGACUUCAGCGCGGGGUCGCUGUAAUUCAUCAAAAAGUUUCCACAAAUUGGUGGCUGUGAUGGAUGGCUUCAGCGGGAGUGGUGUGUGGUGACGCGGGUGUUGUUGGCGGCAGCAAGGAGUAGGAGACACAUGCGCCGAUCAUCGGCCGUGGCAGCCGUGUGCCGAUAAGAUGUAAAGCAGACGAGAGUGUUCCGUCAGUGUCAUCGGGAACAAGGCGUCCCGGCAGGUUGGCUGGAGAGUGGCCCACUUAGCCUGACCUUCGAAGUCGACUUUUUAAAGCACCAUUAGCUUCUUUAGCAGUAUUGUUUGUUUUUUUAAGUCAUUUUGAGUUGAGGCUUACUUCCUCUUUUUCAACUUGAGUCCAUGGGAAUUGGUCUGAUAUGCAAGAUUCGGAAAUGUAUUGUGUCUACUGGUGAGUUUUCUGUUGAGCACCACAUCUGAGUGAGUCACAGUUUGAUGAUUUACUUGUGCUCAGCAAAAAUGUAUUGUGAAUAGCUAGACAUUCCAGUCCAUAGAGCUUUAUUUCACUUUCAUUUCACUCAUUUUCGACUGGCAACAAAGUUUACUUUAGGUUUAGUGUGAUAUGUGGUAGAGAACUACAAUGCUUGUUGCAGGCUCUCACUUGAGAGUCGGUUGAGUGAGAGUCAGUUUUUAGUUUAGUACCUUUAGCAUAUGCUUUAGCACUGGAGCAUUUUGCUGUGACGUCAUACAUGCAACGUCUGGUUUGUAGUCCAAAAAAUGGUAUACUUUCCCAAGCAAAUAAAAAAUAAAUGUUUCAUUUCUUAUAAUGUUUUUCGUCUUUUGGGGAGAACAUUUCAGUGGCACGAUUACAACAUCCAGCAGCCAAAGGAUCAAAGGAUCGGCUUCUUAUCUCCGAAGCUGAACAGCUUUCAUACUGCAAUUCAUGCAUAUCUCCAGAGCCUUAUCGGUGACUCUUUAAAUAAAUGCCUUGUCACACAACAAACUACAUUUGGAUGGAAUUGAUGAGGUUCGAGUGACAAACAUUCUCUUACCAGGAUAAAAGGCUGGUGCUUGAGCACCACAAGAGCUCUGCGCACUUAGUGGAUGGCAUUUGUAAGAAACUACAUGCCUGAUGUAACCUUCACCUCAAGGGCCCAACAGCAGACUCAAUGGUUUGUGAGACUCAAUCAAAAUAAAUAUAUUGAGGGAGCCAUGUGGCGGACACUAGUGUCACAUUUGCAAGAACACAGAAAAACUACUCUGUGGCACUGAAAUGUCCCACAAAAAAGGGAAAGAGUCAUGACUCAUGGGUUAAUUUACAGAGUUAUGAGUUGUUCUUGACCUGCCCAAACUCUGAUAUUGUGGUGUUUUUCUUCACUCCAAUGAAGGAAUAAUUUGGUUGCUCAUUUCUAGGUAGAUGCCCGGCACCAACAAGUGACUCGGAGGACGGGGUCGGAGGGGAAGCCGUUCUAGAUCCACUCUCACAUCAGAUUGAACGUAGAGCACUUUGUGUCAGACAACCCCCCCAGGACAAAAUCCGUAUGUCCCCGCUCCUCUGAUUAAGCCCUCUCUCAGAUUUAUUGGCGUCGGGAAAUAAUGGGAAACACAGCGAAUGUAGAAGUUUUAGGCCAUUACUCACGGCUUUUAUUGGCAUGGGCUCCUCCUGGCGCCGGGCCACUGACCUGCACAGAGGACAAAGCAAGUAACGCCGCUCCUGGCUCCUGGCAACUGAAGCGGUGAGGAGGCGGCGGGACAGGAAAGUGAGAAAGGCAGAAGCAGUGUAGGUGGCUGGUGUGAAGAGGGAGGGGAAGGAAACGGCUUAAUAAUUUAUGGGAAAGUACACUUCCACCGCGCUUAUCACAAAAUGGUUUCUAAUAAAAACUGGGGGGAUUGUUUGAAAAAAAAAAAAAAAAAAGCAAAUAUCUUGGGGGUAUUUAUGAGGCCGUCUAGACGGAAUAGUGGGUCCCAGCAGAGAAACGAGUCGGUGUAGUUGUGAUUAAAUUUAGGCUCAAAUAAAACAGAGGAAGGUUUUUAAUCUGCGCAUGAAGGUGAUUAAGAUUUCGCAAAGCCGCACAGCGAGAAAUGUCUUUUGGAUUCACGCCUUUGCUAGUUUAUCACCGCUCAGCUACCGACUCAUUGUGGUCCUAAAAGACAAUAUCAUUCAUCUUCUUCUGCACAGUCACACCAAGGGUUAUGAGGGGCUACCAGAGAGGGGGGGGUGGCACCCUACAAAACUGACCUGUCAUCCACUGCCACGUUUGCGUAGAAUUGCAUGUCUGACUAAUGUCUGUGAAUUUUUUUUAAUAGAUACUAAAGUUAAAGGGUGUCAGUCUAUGUGUCUGUGAAUAUAUUGAACUAUCAAACCAGAGAGCAAUUGUCUGGAUAUGGGUUAUAAACUGGCUUUAAAAUUUGCUUGAAUAAAUGUGCCCACAUAACUGCAGUGAUGAUACUGAGAGGAAGACAGGAUGUUUAAUCCUCGAUGCUUUCGGCCUCGAUGAGGAAAAACGAUGGUUUGACAUCAUUAGCUUUUGGAGUCGCUGAACGAGCUGUGAAUGAAUAUGGAGCCACUCACUAGCUGCCAUGACAGAAGUCUUUUUUUGUAUUCAACACAUUGCCACUUCUAAGGUGUCACAUAUUGACAAUUGUCAAGUGUACUUUUGCAUGCCAGACUGACACUGAAGUCAGCCAUCUGUGCCUAUGACUCUGACUUGCGUCGCCGAAGUGGAUAGCAACAAACAGCCCAUGUGUCAUAAUCCCACAGCAGUAGGUGAGACAUUUCAUUCAAUUCAAAUGCAUAUGAGCCAUCUUGCAAGUGUCAACAUUGGACACAUUAGUCCUUGAUGAUAGUCAAAAUGUGACGCCCUGGAAGUGGCAGCAUUGUAUUGUAUUUUUGCUGUAUUUUUUCGUUUUAGUCAGUUGUAUUCAUGCAGCAAAACAUUGAUAUCCAUUGCCGCAAUUUCAUUUCGUGGCUGUCUCUUCCAUCUCCACAGAUUGAGUCAUGUAAAAAUAAAAAAAAACAGAGGUUGGGUCUCAGUAAGCCAUGGGAUAGCCCUCCUUUCAUUCUACAUGUAACUACAUGUCUAUUCAAGCUCCUCAACAGUAAGGACUACACCUGUGCGCAAUGAGCGAUCCACAUCCCUGGAGCAGUAGAUGAGAAGAAAAAGCCAUUUUACGCUAUUGAAACUCCUAUACGUCAACAUGCAAAAUGGAAGGCUGCCUUUGUCGUCAAUGUGGGACGCAAAACUCUAAGUUAAUAUUAUCACACCAUAGGGGUUGAGGAUGAGAAGCUCUGCAAUGUUACUUCCUCCCGCUAUCUAAUUUAUCGCAUGGUAGUCUGUGAUAGCUGCAGUGUAAUAACUUAGUAAUAACAGUGGGUAUAAAAAAAAAAAAAUCACAGUGUGGGCGGCAAUGAGCGGCCUGGUAGAGGCAUGCGCUCUCUUGAGUGGCUUUCUGGCUUCUUUUAAUCUUUGUAAAUAACUCACGAUCUGUGGUACAGCUCACUACACUAAAUUAUGGAUUACGAAUUAGCACACACAAAAUGGCAGCUCAGUCCAACUGCCCCACAAUCUUCACAUGAUCCAGACUGCUUCAGGGAGGUGCAUAGAAGAAUGUCACACUAACAUUAUCAUGCGGGAAAUAAUCCCGGGAACCCUGCAGGUGUUUCAGGAGUUGGAGAUCUUGAACAAGUCAGAUCAGAUGAGCAAAUUGUCGCUUCAUUUGGACACGAAUUUAAACAGACAUUUGAAUUGCACUGCGACAAUAUAAUCUUUGCAUAAUUGAACAAUGUGGGUUUUUGUUGUGGUGGUGCAUUGAGAGGAAAAAGCGAGUGAUGUGUCAGUGAACAUCAUCACUGGCUGUGCUGACUGGACCAAUAUAGAACAGUGAAACAAUAGCUGCUGUAAUCCUCCUCAGAGAGAGACAACACUCCUUUUUUUCGGCUUUGUGUAAUUUUGGAAGCUGGUUAUGAGAUGAAUGCAAGAAUCCAAAUAGUUUGUAGGUCAAGACUUCCUCUCGCCGCAGUUUAACCCCGCGUCACAAAAGUGCAGCUCCACACUGUCAAUAAUCUCAGCUGGAGAGCUAAUUAGCUGAUGCGGGGCGGCCGUGCAUGCCGGACUCUCGCAUGCAUGUGUCACGCCUCCUCAAACCAUUCACUGCAAAGAAAGGCAAUUUGGAGAGAGUAGACCCCCCGACAUGGGUGGGAAGCUGUUGCGCGUGGGGUGCUCAUGCAGAACAUCAUCUGCGUCAAAAGAACGGUGCUCUAAAUAUAACUUGUGCAUAAAGCCUUAUUAGAGUUAAGGGCUUCUUUGUGCGCCUGAAACACUGCUCCACCGCCUUUCUGUCCUGACACCUAUCGAACCUGUAGCUAACUGUGUGAGAAUCUCCAGGACGUGUCUAUCCCGGUGACUAAUUUGCCUGUUUCGUGAAAACUCUCCCAUCGAUCAGCUCGGCUUAUGACGCUGCCGCUGGCUUCGGUUGGCAUGCAGUAACCCUGAGAAGCAAAUUGGCCUCCGUGUGUAAACAGAAAGAAAACAAUUUAUUAUUCCACUCACUUCUUCUGGUGUCUCGAAAAAUCCACACCUUAAACAAGGCGAUGGUGACUGAAACUGUACAGCGUGUGCUGUAAAGAAUCCAUUUCAGGGCACCUAGUCCAGGGAGCAGCUGCAACAGUGUUCCAAGAGAUGACCGAUCCAAAAUGCUUAGUGUAGCAUCUGCUGCGGAUCCUUAGAGUUGGUAUCAAAAGUGCAGUCUGCUAGUUUGGGUCGUCAUACAAAUACAAUGCUACCUAGGUUUAUUAUCAUUCUUCUGUCCUGAUAAUAUGGAUAAUACAGACAAGGAACAAAAUGUUUUUUGCGAAUGUAGGUGCUGGCAUCGUCAUUCAAUUCUACAGAUGCCCAUCUUAUCGCCCUCCCACACUCUCACACAUGCGAGACAUGGUUAAAGACAAAUAAAGCAUGCUCCCAACUCUUCAGAGGAAGAGUCUGAGUCGAUCAGGCGUCUCAAACUGCUCCUCAAAGGGGCUUGGUGUCUGGUUGGAACAAAAAACUGCACCCGCUGUGACCCCUUUGAGGGCCAGUUUGAGACGCCUGGUGUAGAUAGUGUUGACCGCCCCAUAUACAACCACUGUGAAGUGGUCUACGCACUUCAAUGCAUGUACUUUGGGUUCCAACUGACUGACGUACAAUAUACCGUACACACUUCGCAACCCUAGAGUAAACUAAUACAACACAGCAGACAUGUUUGUGUUUGAGUUUCACCCCGAUGCUGCCAACUGCAAGAGUGUUAAUGAAAUUACUGUAAACCACAGAAAGUACAAGGCGCGGCUACUGAUGUCAUUGUGCUGUAGAAGUGUUCAAUGCUUUGUUCAGGUUCUGCAUGGAAAACUUUGAAACAUGGCACAUGUAUAUGCAUCUUUAAGUUUACAUGGAUCUGUACUCUGUAGGUACCAAACAAAUUUGGUCAGUACCAACAGUUCAAGUACAAAAUUCAGAACUCGUCGCCUUGGUGGGUGAGUUAUUUAUAUCAAGCCAGUCCUCAAAGGGCAGCAGUGGAGGCUGGUUUUGGUUCCAACCAAACAGCACCGGACUGUCAACGCAUUACCCUUUUGUGACUCAGUUCGAGACCCUCUGGUUUGUAUUGUUAAGUGUCCGUGCUUCUGUGUAUUUACUGACUGUUAAACAUGGGCAACUCCACCAGGGAGCCCUCUAGUGGCUGGCAAUAUCACAGCAAAACAUAAAACUAGGCAACAUGAUGUCAAUUCAACUUCUCAGUACCAGUUAGUGCUUUGUGAUGAAACUUAUUUCAGGUUUAAGCAAGGAAGAUGUCGGACCCUCCGUACAAGUCAAGUAUUGCUCCCAAACACUCAACCAAGACUCCUGGUGAAGCCCAGAGUCUUGACCAUCUGAGGAGGCAGAGAGUGAACCUUCCCAACCAUGGCGAGGUCAGGUCAUCACGGAGAGAUACUGUUAGAGGAUGUCUGGCUUUCAAGAAACACAGGCAGUGAAAUAGCAAACAUAGGACAACAGCAAAGACGGAAUUGAGUCUCCAAUUUGGGCCCAAACAUCUGACUUGUAAAAGCCCACAACCAUGUUCAUAUGCAUGGUUAAAGAUUAGCCUCAAUAUAUACCCUAGAAAAGGUUUGACACAUGCAGUUAGAAGCUUUUAUAAACAUUAUUUUGGGCUGAAUCAUGAAGGGGAACCGCGAUUCGGUGGGAGGGGGGCGUAAAGAGAGCGAGAGGGUGAGGGAGACAGAACGAUAUGGAGAGAGAAAGAGCGAGAGCGAGGGACAGAGAAGGAGGGGAGACUUGAGAGAGGGUCUGCAAGGCGACCUGGCUGCCAGUGUUUGCCUCUCCAGCAGCGGGAGAGAAGCGCGUAACAUGCAGCCGAGAGCGGUGAGCGUGGAUCGCCGUGCGCGCUGGACCACCGACGGCUGAGGCGGGAGUAAAAGUGGACUUGUUCUUGCUGCUGUCUCAAAAACAUUUACAUUUUUAACAUCAUUUUUGGGAUUGUUUUCUCGUCUGGGACUAACAAGAGUGGAUUUCUCUCCUUGGCACCAUGAUCGCAGAGCUCCACUUCACCGGCGCGCUGUGAAUCAGCAACCCGAGUUGGAGUCUCUCCUCGCCGCCUUCUAUUUUUUUUUUGCAACUCCCGGUCCGCCGCGAAGCCUCCAGCGUUAGGAUGCAGCUGCUCCGAGUUGCGUGGGCACUGACCGGAGCUGCGAUCUGCUGCUUCCUCAUCCUCCUCAUCCACUCUCGCCUGCUUCAAGAAGGCCAGUUGGCAGCGGGGACAUGUGAGAUUGUGACGCUGGACCGGGACAGCAGCCAACCACGACGAACCAUUGCGAGGCAGACGGCCCGCUGCGCCUGUAAGAAGGGCCAGAUCGCUGGAACCACAAGAGCCAGACCCGCCUGCGUGGAUGCCGGGAUUGUUCGAAAAAAGCAGUGGUGCGAGAUGGUGCCGUGUUUGGAGGACGAAGGCUGCAACCUGUUAGUCAAUAAAUCUGGCUGGACUUGUACACAGCCCGGAGGCCGGGUCAAAACUACCACGAUGAUUUCAGUGAUGUUCAAAGUGCUGUGUUCCAGGAGGAAACAACAGCGGUGUGUGAUUAUCAGAGAAACCAUGACCGACGUGCUUUCAGCCUCUAGAACGUAUUCCCCAAGGCUUGUCCAAGGUCAAGAUUGUCUCCAAGCCCUGAAUUAUUGAAAGACUCUCAGUCCACUGACCAUGUCAGGUGUUUGUGUGAAAACGUCACAACAGACAAACCGACAUUCCCCUCAGGUGAUGUGACUCAGGCGAGUGGAAAUGACUCAACCUGAUAAACAGCUAUUUUGGACAAAUGUCAGGCAGCGGUUUGCGUGUUCUGGUCAAACGACUCUGAGUUUGUGUUUUCCCUGUUUAGCGGAGCGCGUGUUUUUCCAGAUGACAUGGCCGCCGACCUCAUACCAAGCUUUAUUUUUAUAGGAAGCAAGGAUAUGUUCACCAAACAGCUAUGUGCAGGAUUUGUCGAUUUUCAGCUGGUAAAUGUCAACUUUUUCGCAACAUCGAUCUUUGUGGAAGGAAUUACAGUUAAAAAAUCAAGAAAAUGUCUCUUGCCUCAGCGUCUAUUUUCGGUGUCCUACAGGUGGUAAAAGAGGCCAUUGUACAAGCAGUAAUUCUUCAAGAUCCAAGUGUUUUGUUCUUUUGAGAGACAGGUCACUCCAUCCAUAGUAAUGGACAAGGACGAAGGGAAGUGAAGAAGAGAGUGUAGGCAGGAUGGAACAGCUGGAGGCCAGUGAAUGAUAUACCAGAUGGAUGGAGUGUAGAGUGAAAGUUAAUGAGGACAGACUCUGAUGCAUGAAGAGAAGAGGCAGAGGUCAUAAAUGAACAAUGGUUAAAGAGAUAGGUGAGGAUGGAGGAGGCUGACCUCACUCUUACACAUAGGAACAAUUGAAUUGGCUAAGCAAGUGGAAGAGGGGCCUGAAGGAGAGAUGCUAUUAUGUGAAGUACUUCCAGUUGACUUCCAAUGCCAGGUGUCAAGAGUGAUCCUAAGGGCUUAGGGCUUAGGACGCACAUGAAGAGAGGCCUCUUGAGCUCCCCGUGGUCAACGUGGACAUGCCAGUGAGAUGAGCCAGCAGGUUCACCACAUGCUAUGGAUCAGCAAGAAGAGUGCUUGCUUGGCCCUGUUCAGCUGGAUAUUACUAGCCAUUUGCCAGACCUGUAUAGCACAAUUCUUUGUCGUGGUAGAGCGGAGGCAGGGCCAUAACCUGCUUCACCGUCACUCAUUGGCAAAUGCUCCUUGCCAUACUCAUUGAGGCAAAGUUCUUUCCUUUCAAAACUUUCCUAUCUUUCAUUUUGGCUCUCCUGGGUAUCGUUCUUUCUUUCUUUCUUCUGCUUUUGCCAUUAGAGGGCUCAUCCUGGCCACUUCAUUCCCUCCCUUGCCUCACAUUUGUCUUCGUCUGACCCUCUUUUGAAAGGUACAUGUUGUUCCUGCCAAUAACGAAAACGCAAUAUAGAUUUUUGUUGGCUGCAGAAGAAACACAUGAAGAUUGAUAUCCACAUUUCUGUUAUCGACAUUUCAAGCAACUUUUCAAACGCAGGUGAAGGACAAAUAUCAAACAGAGGUGUACUUGUCAAAUGCUGGUGAAUUUAUGAGGGCAUCUGCAGUGUGCGACCCGCAUGAAAAUGGAAUUCUCAGGAUACGUCGCGACAGGCACCGAGACUAGGAAUGAGCUUCUGGAGUCCACUUAGUUGUAUUAACGACACAAUAAAACCAAGGCAGAGACUAGACUUGUGUGUCCAUCAGUCAUCGCUAUGUUUUCCUCUGAGUACAUAAAACCUGAUUCCUGUCUAAAAGUGUGAAUUAUGACCGCUGGUAAAAAUGACAAAUAAUCACUUACUUAAAUCGCUGUGCCUUAAAUAUGCCAGUAAGCAAUUUACAGAGCAUUGACAGCGAGAAUGCAACUUCUCAUAUUGUUAAAGAUGAACCCCUGAAUUUGUUAUGCUAAAUGUGGAUUGGUGGAUUUUCCUGGUGACAUUAAUAACAUUUAUGUCUCACUUGCCUCUUUAAAAACAACUGAAAUGUCAAAUUAUCCAAAGGCGCACCAUAAAUUGGACACAGUGUGAUAUAAACAGAGUUGAAAUCACAAUUUCUAUUGAGGAGAAUUUCACAAUACUAAGCUCGCAAGCUCCAGAUAUUGACCAGUUUCACUUCCAUACACAAGACAGUAUUGCUUCAAAAUCAAAUUCACAUGAAUCAGAAUCGGCUUUAUUGCAGUGGUCAGUGGGAAUCUCACCAACUGGGAAAGUGCUUUGGAGUAACAGUCAGUCAUGACAAAAACAUUAUCAGAAGAAGCUGUUCCUGUGACGGGAGGUUCUGGUCUGGAUGGACCGUAGCCUCCUGCCAGAGGGAAGAGGAACAAACAGUCCAUGUCCAGGAUGAGAAGUGUUGGCUCUGGUCCGACCUGCACGUCUCUGGGUCCUGGAGACAUACAGGUCCUGAAGAGGUGGCAGGCUGCAACCCAUCACCUUCUCGGCAGAACGUACAAUGCGCUGCAGUCGGCUCUUGUCCCUGCUGUACCACAUAGUGAAAGAGGAGGUGAGGAUGGACUGGAUGAUGGCUGUGUAGAACUCCACCAGCAACUUCGUCGGCAGUUGUAG